UUAUAGUGAGCAAGAGUACUGUCAUAGUAUGCUGUUACUCCAUACCAUAGCCUCCUAGAGUUAUCUAGGAGGUUAUGUCCAUGCCAUGCAUGAGUCCAUGCAUCGUUGUAAGUGUUCUGUGGUUGUACGUACACGAGGGCGUGAUAAAAGAUAAGGGCGAACUGACGUAGGGAGUUGAGGAAAUGUCGAUUGUGGGGUGAGCAGCAGUCGACGAUCACUCAGGGACGGGCUGGACGGGCGGUGGGCUAAGGAGGGAGGCACGUUUAGCACAGCAUUGGUUUGCUGCGCCACUUUUGGUUUUGCUGUGUUGGCUAGUCUGGAAUGAGAAACCUGCUCUGCCGCCUGAUGAUGGUGAAGCCAACUCAUGUUAGAACUCUCUGUGAAGUUCCAUCCAAGCCAAAAUCGACCGUCUCGACUAAACGGUGCUAUGAGGAUGCAGUGUAUGCCCUGAAUAACCUCCAGAGCAAUGAAGCUACUCUGAAAAAAUCGAUGCAACACCCACCCAAUGCAUUCCUCAAGUCAAGGCGAAUGCCUGAGCACCUGCAGGCUGUUGGGCUAAAGGUAUCAGAUCUUGAUGACCUCAAGAUAAUCCAUGUGGCUGGAACAAAAGGGAAAGGGUCAACAUGUGCUUUCGCUGAAUGUAUUCUCAGACAACAUGGCUUUAAAACGGGUCUCUACACUUCUCCGCACCUUGUGGCAGUUCGAGAAAGGAUCAGAAUAAAUGGGAAACCACUGUCUGAAGAUGCUUUUGCGAAGUACUUUUGGGAUGUUUACCACAACUUAAAAGCCAAGGAGGGAGCAAACAUUCCAGCCUACUUUCAAUUCUUGACUGUAAUGGCAUUCAAGGUAUUCAUCAUGGAAAAAGUUGAUGUGUUGGUGCUUGAAGUAGGUGUUGGUGGCGAAUAUGAUUCCACUAAUGUAAUAAGGCAUCCUACUGUGGUUGGCAUCACAUCCUUGGGGUUGGAUCAUACACGUGUGCUAGGCUCAAGCCUGCAGGAAAUUGCUUGGCAAAAAAGUGGCAUUUUCAAGAAAGGCUGCCCAGCCUUUUCACUUCCCCAACCAGAGGGCGCAUUUGAGGUGCUCCAGGAGAGGGCGCAGGAGAGGGGGUGUUCACUCAGCUUAGCACCACCACUUCUGACAUAUGAAUGCGAAUUACCACUCCACCAACUGGGUAUACCAGGGGAGCCACAGCAGGCAAAUGCAUCCCUUGCCCUGCAGUUGUGCAAGACUUGGCUUUCGAAACAUUGCUCAUCAAGCUCUGCAGUCAGAAAACAAGCGACAAGGGAUGCUGCUCAACAGAAAUGGCUACAGGACCAGAAUUUACCUUUUAUUGCUGCCCCUUUCCCGAUAUCAAAGUUAAUGGCUAAAGGUCUUGAGCAGUGCCGGUGGGCUGGUAGGUGUCAGGUAGUUCCUGCUGGAGAAGGCAUGACACUGUACUUGGACGGUGCGCACACAGAGGAGUCUGUGCAUUACUGUGUACGCUGGUGGCGGGAAGCUGCAGCCACUGAACAAUGCACCCUGGGCCCAAGGAUUCAGGUUCGCCGUGUGCUUCUAUUCAACUGCAUGGGGGACCGGCGGCCUGAAGUUCUGCUCUCCUAUUUAGCAGACGAACCCUUUCAUGUAGCUAUCUUCACUCCUAAUCGCAUCACCAUAAACAAGAGCCCAUACUCGGACCAAAGUGACUUUACUGUGGAGAAGUGCACAGAGAUGGCUAGAUGCAAAUCCAACAUGCGCAUCUGGUGUCACUUACUCUCAAGCCUGCAAGAAGAAGAGAUGCUUGGUGUUGGCAGCCCGACCUGUCCGCCAAGCAUCAAGGGAAACCCUGAAGACUCUUGCAUUGUCUUUCCCAGCAUCUCGGAUGUCAUGACCUGGCUCCGGGAGCAGCAGAUGGCUGCCAGGCAGUUGACCCCUUCAUGCCACAUACAGGUUUUGGUAACCGGAAGCCUUCAUCUAAUUGGUGGAGUAAUGCGCCUACUGGAUCCCAAACUUGCAUUGCUCUAGUAGUGCGAAUCAGAAGUCAGUAGCAAAUCUUUAGCUGCAAGAAACUGUACAAGCAUAGCAUUUCCUUUAGAAGAGGGCACAUUUUAUGAAUUGCAUUUCUUACCUUCUAUACAACACCAAAGGUAUUGGUAUACCUUGUACCAUGAAUGCAUUUACUGGUACUUACUGAAAGGUAUCUACUUUUAAGUUACAUUGUCAAUAGUAUUACCACUAUGCGACAGUUUUAACAUGAACUUGUGCCUUCAUGAAGCUCUAGUUCAGUUGACAUGUUUGUAAGCAUUGUUAGCUGUCUGCUGUCUGCUGAGUACUGCAUUAAAAAAAAAGAUGUUACUUCUUGUA